AUGUCUUCGCCAACGACCUCAAUACGCCUCAAGUCGGGCUAUUCGAUGCCUUUGCUCGGAUUCGGUGUCUACCAGAAUUAUACUACAGCCACAUCUGUUCUCCAGGCUAUAGAGGCCGGGUAUAGACAUAUCGAUAGCGCGCAGGCGUAUCGCAACGAAGCUCAUGUCGGUGAAGGCAUACGAAACAGCAAGAUUCCAAGAGAUGAGGUUUUCGUCACGACCAAGUGCAUCAAUAAGACGCAUGGCUUCGAUAGCACUAUCGCAGGUGUAGACGCAUCGUUACAACGCUUUCAAUUCAAAUAUAUUGACCUCUUCCUCAUACAUGAUCCCAUGUCUCGGACAGAGAAACGUCUCGCCACAUAUCGCGCCCUACUGAAAGCGCGUGAUGAGGGCAAAAUCCGAGAUGUCGGAGUGUCCAACUUCGGCUUGAAGCAUCUGGAAGAGAUCAAGGACGCUGGUCUGGAGCUUCCCUCCGUGGACCAAAUCGAGCUGCAUCCAUUCUGCCAGCAAAGGCCGAUCGUCGAGUGGUGUCGAGCGCAUGACAUCGUUGUCCAAGCAUACUGCCCUUUGCUGCGAGGAAAGAUGGACCACCCGGUCAUCCAGAGUGUUGUUGGUAAAUCCGGUCAUACGCCAGCUCAGGUUCUUCUGCGAUGGUCACUGCAGCGAGGGUUCGUGCCACUACCGAAGUCCGCAACACCUGAGCGUAUCAUCGAGAACAUCAAGAUCUACGACUUCGUGUUGGAUGAAGAGGAUAUGGCAAGCCUCGACGCGCUUGAUCAAGGGAAAGAAGGCGCAGUCAGUUGGAAUCCCGUAGACUGGGCGUGA